ACAGGAUUUGAAUCCACGUCCUUGUGAGGGUAUAGAUCAAAUCAUUAGCCAACUGUGCCCAACAUUAUUAUUGUAUAUUUAAAUAGACAGCAUGGGUUCUCUAACGCAUGAUUGAGGGGAAAUGGAGAUAGAGAAGAGAACUAGUGGCGGUUUGGAGAUGGUGGAGAAAGAAGAUGAUGUAGACAAUAAUAAGAAGAAGCAACAUCGAAGAGGAGGAAUCAGAACAUUACCUUUCAUCCUUGGUAAUGAAUUGUGUGACAGAUUUGCCGUGGCUGGUUUUAAUGCUAACUUGAUAAGUUACCUGACCCAAGUGCUGAACAUGCCAUUGGUAUCGGCCUCCAACACACUUACAAACUUUGGUGGAACAUCUAGCUUCACCCCUCUCAUUGGUGCUCUCAUUGCAGAUUCCUUUGCUGGCCGAUUUUGGACCAUUACUGUUGCUUCUCUCAUCUAUGAACUGGGAAUGGUUAGUGUGACUCUAUCAGCUAUACUGCCACAUAUGCGCCCUGCACCAUGCCCAACUCAAGUGAACUGCCAAGAAGCCACAUCCUCGCAACUGUUGAUACUCUACAUUUCUCUACUCCUCACAUCUAUUGGAUCAGGUGGCAUUAGACCUUGUGUUGUGCCCUUUUCAGCAGACCAAUUUGAUAUGACCAAAAGUGGUGUGGAAUCUAGGAAGUGGAACCUCUUCAAUUGGUACUAUUUCAUCAUGGGAUUCGCUACUCUGAGUGCUUUGACCAUUGUGGUUUACAUUCAAGACAAUAUGGGUUGGGGCUGGGGCCUUGGAAUUCCAGCCAUUGCCAUGCUGAUAUCCAUCAUCGCCUUUGUAUUGGGCUCACCAUUAUAUAAAACUGUGAAACCAGAAGGGAGCCCUUUGGUUCGUUUGGCCCAAGUGAUUGUGGCAGCUGUAAAGAAGAGGAGGGAGGUAUUACCAGACGAUCCCAAGCUUUUGUACCAAAAUAGGGAACUUGAUGAUGCUAUUUCUUUGGAAGGAAGGCUUUUACACUCGGACCAAUAUAAAUGGUUGGACAAGGGUGCAAUUGUCACAGAGGAGGAGGCCAGAGAUCCAAAUGCGCCACCUAACCUAUGGAAAUUAGCCACUGUCCACAGAGUUGAGGAGCUAAAAUCUAUCAUUAGAAUGCUUCCAAUUUGGGCAUCAGGAAUUUUGCUCAUAACUUCUUCAUCACACUUGCACAGCUUUGUCAUUCAACAAGCUCGCACAAUGGAUCGUCACCUCUCUCACUCAUUCCAAAUUCCCCCAGCUAGCAUGUCUAUUUUCGGUGUGUUAACCAUGAUGUCUGGCAUUAUUCUCUACGAACGCCUUUUUGUUCCCUUUGCUCGUAGGUUCACUGGGAACCCUGCUGGAAUCACAUGCCUACAAAGGAUGGGGGUAGGCUUUGUGGUUAACAUUAUAGCCACAAUAGUUUCAGCACUGGUGGAAAUCAAAAGGAAAUCAGUUGCUGCCAACUACCACUUAUUGGAUGAUCCAAAAGCCAGUAUUCCUAUUAGUGUGUUCUGGUUGUUACCACAGUAUUGCAUACAUGGGAUGGGUGAAGUUUUCAUGUCUGUUGGGCAUAUGGAAUUUCUCUUUGAUCAGUCACCUGAAAGUAUGAGAAGCAGUGCUGCAGCUCUGUACAGCCUAACUGCAGCCAUUGGGAACUAUUUAGGAACAUUACUGGUAUCUUUAGUGCAUAAGUAUACUGGCAAGGAGAGGAAUUGGUUGCCCGAUAGGAACCUCAACAGGGGGAGACUGGAGUACUAUUAUUUUCUUGUUAGUGGGAUUCAAGUUAUAAAUCUCAUUUACUAUUUAAUAUGUGCUUGGUUUUACACUUACAAGCCCUUGGAGGAUAUCAGUGAAAGGAACAACAAGGGAGAAGAUAUGGAACAAGCCAAUGAAAGUAUCUCAUCUGUCAAUUCAAAAGUAGGUAGGGAGGAAGAAAAGAGAGAAUUUACAAACCAUGAAUGAACUUAUCAUGUCGUUGAUAUUAGUUAAGAAGCAUUAUUAAACUGUAAUGAAUGUUCAAUUCCUCAUCAAAAGGUAUAUGUAAGCACAAGCCAGACCAUGUCUUAUGUUUUAUUUUCAUGUGUACUUCUAUAAUCAUUUGACAUUAACUAGCCAUUUUCCUAAAAUAUUAAAAAUUGCUACCAAGAUUGUAUCUUAUAAUAUCAAUUAAAGUAUCAAGUAACUCCAAUUAUCUAAGUUACCUCCAGUAUUAUAAAUCACUCAUUGGAAUGAUCUAUCAAAAUCUCAACUUCAAUUAAGCAAAGAAUAUUAAUCAACUCGCAAUGGAAACAGCUAGCUUUAUGUAUUAAUCCCAUCAAAUCAAUAAGAAA